AAUUAUCUGUUAAGUUUCACUCUAACAACUAACGAGUUUUUUUUAAAAGUAUGCAUUUUUAUUUUAAAGGUUUUGCUAGGAAAUCCUCAUGUUUGUAACUGUUCCACAUUUCAGAAAGGAGGGGAACUUUGUAAGCAUAUAUGCUGGGUCUUGUUGAAAAAAUUCAAGCUUCCAAGGAAUCAUGAAUAUGCUUUGCAGUUAGGUCUCGUGGAAGGACAAAUCAAUGACUUGCUUGGGGGAAGAAAUCAAAUUCAAACUCCCCAAAAAACAGCAAAUGACCAAAAUUUACGUAUUGAAGAAGAUGGAUACAUUAAACAGAAGGAAAUUGGUUCAGAUGACAUCUGCUCUAUUUGUCAAGAAGUACUUUUAGAGAAAAAGCUUCCUAUCACCUUUUGCAGGUUUGGCUGUGGCAAUAAUGUUCAUAUAAAAUGCAUGAAGAUCUUAGCUAAGUAUCAGGAUACAGUAUCAAACACUUCUAUGCUGAAAUGUCCUCUGUGUAGGGAAGACUUUGCACCAUUGAAACUUAUUCUGGAGGAAUUCAAAAACUCCAGCAGACUUGGGACCGUAGCUGAGAGAGAGCCACUGGACAGACAACUUGGAAUUCCCUGUAAUAACUGUAAACAGUUUCCAAUUGAAGGGAAGUGUUAUAAGUGUACCCAAUGUAUAGAAUAUCACUUAUGCCAGGAAUGUUUUGAUAGCUGCUGCCAUUGUUCUCACUCAUUUAUAUUUCGUGAGAAGAGAAAUCAAAGGUGGAAAUCACUAGAAAAAAAGGCAGAUGAAAUUGUAAAAUAUACAGAUAAUAAAAAUGACAUAGAAGAAAAGAUACCACAUUUUCAAGAAAAGCAAGGCCAGGUUUACACACCAAAACACGUGGUAAAGUCACUGCCUCUCUUAAUGAUGACAAAGAAUAGUAAGCUGCUUGCUCCAGGCUACCAGUGUCGACUUUGUUUGAAGGCGUUUUGUCAUGGUCAAUAUGCAAGAUUGCUCCCGUGUUCUCACAAGUUUCAUAGGAAAUGCAUUGACAGUUGGUUAUUACACAAGAGCAAUUCAUGCCCUGUUGAUGGACAAGUUAUAUAUAAUCCUUUAAUCUGGAAAGACACAGCAGUGAGUGAACGCCAGCAUCACUCUGUUUCAAACACAGAGAUCAUUCCUCUAGCAAAGCAGGAAGAACCAGGACUUUUUAUUCCUGGUACUGGAUUAGUCUUAAAACAAAAUAGACUUGGAAUUUUGCCUGGCAUCCAUCAACAUAAUUGUGAAAAGUUAAAGACACCUCAAAGUUCCACAGAUACUUACCAGAAAAUAACAAUAGAUGAUCUAUACUCUAUCAAUUUAGAUGACUCAAAUUCAAGAAAAUUACUCUAUGAAUAUAAAAUUAGGCAACAUUUCCCCAGGUAUUUUCAUGAUUUACCCAAUGGAUCCUUUGGGAAAAUAUCACCUCAAACAUUUCUUCCUUCUAUUGCUCACGAGAAUAUUAUAUGUCCCACUGGAACUGAGAGCCCACAUAUAAAUGGCACUGAUCAAAGCCAGAAGAUGACCAAAUGUUUCCAUAUUAACCACAGUCUAAAGAAGAUUCUUGGUAAUAAAAUAAGAGUGGAAAGCAGGAGAUCAAUUCUUCCAGAAGAUUUAAAUCUUGUCAGUUGGGGUACAACUAAAUUUAGUUUGUCUGAAAGGUAUGAAAAUUGUAUGGGGAAAAUUAGACAAAAAUAUCAUCAUCUAAGAAGGCCUAUGUCUCACCCUUUAAAUAAAAAAAGUCCUGAGCUAUCUUUAAUAUUGGAAGAAGUUCAAUUAUGAAUAUACUUUGGACUAACAUCAGAAUUUUUUAAUAUUUGGAUAUUGAACAUAAAAUGUUUUAUUUGUAGAGCAUAAAAACACACACACACACAAAAAAAAAAACACUAUAUACUCUUGACAAAUGGGUAUAAAAUUUUCUGUUGUCAGUUAGCCUACUUGUCUAUGAAUAACUACACUUAAAGGAAAUUAUCCCACUCUUUAUAAGACUUAAAACAUUAGAUGUUUUGAUGAGUAUGUUCAGAGUGUUCAGAAUGUUAUGAAUUAUGAAUAAUUUUUUGAACUUUUAUAUAUGAUUUUGCACUGAUUAAAAUAAUUAUUAUUACUUAAAUUAAGGAAAUAGAUUUACCUUGUAUUGAAUCACUGUUUUUAAACAUUCCACUUGAUAACGUACAAUGAGAUUCUUUCUACGUACUUGUGUAUUUUUUGCAUGUCCUUACAGUAGUAAUCACCACAAACCU